AUGGAAGACGCACACCGUUGUUCUACAUCAUCAGAUUUAUCGGACUCUGAACCAUUUCAGGAGUCUGGUUCGGAAUUCGUGCCUUUCGAUGAAGAAUCAGCAGACGAACCUUCUGUUACUGACCCACCAAAAGCAUCCAGAGAUGUUAAGAGUAGAAAGCGAGUUCGCAAUGAAAAAAAGUGGAGGAGAAGUGUUGCUAAGAAAAAGCGAUGUGCCGGUGAAGAGUAUACAACCAGAUCCAAUAGAGUUGUUCCUGCAAAGACUUUUAGUCCAUGUGUAUGCAGUUGUAAACAUCACUAUAAAAAUAUGAUUCCUGAGAAACGUCAAAGAGCUUUGCAUCAGUACUUCUAUUCAUUGGAAAACUUUGAUUUUCAAACCGCGCAUCUGUUUUCCUUAAUCAAAGUUGAAAAUAAAUUACGCACAUACACUGGGAAUCUACAGAGCAGGAGGGAAAAGACGAGAAUUUUCCUACUACCAGACAAAAAUGAUGCAGAGCGAAAAGUCUGCAAAACAUUUUUUUUAAGCUGUAUAUCAGGUUAUUCUUAG